CUCUACAGAAUCGGACUUCCCAGUGACUUGCGCUGGCGUUAGAAGUCGAAGUUUCCUAGAGCAGACAAAGUGGGCCGAAGUGGUGCGAAUCAAUCUGUCUUUUUCACGACACUUUUUAAAAUUAAAUUUCCACAGAAAACGCAUUAAGGGAUACUUUUCUGUUUAUGAAGUCCCACCGGGUUUGGGACCAAGAAAAGACGUGUUUCCAUUAUAGAAAGUGUAAAAGAGGUGCACCCCUUAUUACUUCAGUGGCCAGUAGUGAAGGACCUUGAUUUUCCUUUCCCCAGCAAUUGCAGCCUGUGCUGGGUUGGUGGAAAAUGGGCACGCGGAUCCACACGGUCUCUGGACUUAUCGUCUCGUUGAUAUUUACCUGUCAUCUGAUAAAUGUGGCUCAGAGCUCCAAGGUGUGGGGGGAGGUACCCCUGCCAGAGGACCUGGAUUCAGAGGCUGCCGUCGUCCAGAGGUCCAAGCGGUUCUUAGACGAUGACGAGGACUUCCCUGCGGACGAAGCGUCUGGAGAUCUGCCCAGUGGAGAGGAGGAUGGAAGCACACCAGAACCAACCGUGAUAACUGACAUCACCACAACGUACUACAGAGCUCUGGUGAACUUUACAGACUCCAUCGUGUAUGGGCCAGAAAUGGAGGACAUCUACUCAACGUCUUUCCAGGAGAUCUCGGACGCUGUGGUAGACACGCUGGAGUCAGAAUACAACAGGAUCCCAGGGACCCAGACUGUCAAUGUGGUCCUCAUCAAGAAGAUGCUGAGGCAGGAUGGGGUGGAUGUGUUCGUUGAGCUCGACGUGGGCUCCGACUACAACAACAACGACAACCAGAUCCGUAACGUGCUCUAUGGGGUGGUGAAGGAAGGUACCAUCGCUUCCUAUGUCACCUCGGUCCAGGGCUUCCAGUUCAGACGCCUGGGAGAAGCUCAGCCCCCUGUGAGAACCAUGGCUAUGCCAGUGGUCCCCAAGCCUCGGCCUUGCAUGCAGGAUGAACAUACGUGUCUGGAUGGGGGCUGCAUCCCUCUGGAGUACCUGUGUGACAACAGGCCUGACUGUAAUGACAUGAGUGAUGAACUGGAUUGUGACAAAAUCCCUCCUGGCCUGGUUACCCCAACAACCCCCGCCACCACCACAACUAUCAAGAAGCCCCCGCGCACCCCUGCCCCCCCAGGGCCGUGCCGAGUCGACCAGGCCACCUGUCAGAAUGGCCAGUGUGUCCCCAGGGACUAUCUCUGUGACGGAGAAAGGGAUUGCUCCGAUGGCAGCGAUGAGAUCAGAUGUGGCACUCCCUCUCCCUGUGAACCCAAUGAGUUUAAGUGUAGGAACGGCCGCUGUGCCCUGAAGCUGUGGCGCUGUGAUGGAGACAACGACUGCGAGGACAACUCCGAUGAGACAGACUGCCCCACCAAAGGUCCAGACGACACCUGUGCUCCAGAACAGUUCGUAUGUCGCAGUGACCACACCUGCAUCCCGUCCAGUUAUCAGUGUGAUGAAGAACCAGACUGUCCAGACCGCUCUGAUGAGUUUGGCUGCACUCCUCCCACGGUGACCAGUCCCCCGGAAGAGUCCAUUCAGCUGGCCAGGGGGGAGACUGUGACCUUCACCUGUGUGGCAGUGGGUGUCCCCACUCCUAUCAUCACUUGGAGGCUCAACUGGGGCCAUAUCCCUGUUAGUGGCAGAAUCUCAAUGACCAGCGAGUAUGGGCGUGGCACCCUGACCAUCAGGGACGUGAAGGAGGCGGACCAGGGGGCGUACACCUGCGAGGCCAUCAACGCCAAAGGCCUGGUCUUUGGUAUCCCUGACGGUGUGCUCAGCCUCACUCAGAAACCCGGAAACUGUCCCGAUGGUCACUUCAGUGUGGAGGGACGCUGUCUCUCCUGCUUCUGCUUUGGCAUUACCAAGACCUGUGGGAACACGGGCCGUUUCCGAGACCGGAUCAGCCUACGCUUCACAGAGGAAGAGAACUUCAAAGGAGUGAAUGUGACAUAUCCCUCUCGGCCCGGCACACCUCCUCUCUCCUCCACUCAGCUCCUCAUCAACACAGACGUGGAGGAGUUUCAGCUGCUUGACCUAUCACGGCGCUUCCUUAUCCUUGACUCCUAUUGGACGCUGCCACGGCAGUUCCUCGGCAACAAGAUUGACUCAUAUGGAGGAUCUCUGAAGUAUAAGGUGCGCUACACACUAGCCCGCGGUCAGAUGGAGCCGGUGGAGAAACCUGACGUGAUUCUAACCGGGAACGGACAGAGACUGGUCUACCGCAGGGGAAACCCCACAACUACCAGUGUGAUUAACCAAAAGGAAAUCAAAUUCACUGAGGAGAACUGGCAGCACUCGUCAGGUCACCCGGUGUCCCGCGAGGACCUGAUGAUGACCUUGGCCGACCUGCAGAGCGUCACCAUCCGCACCGUCUAUGAUCAGCACAUGGUCAGUGUGGCACUCAGCGACAUCGCCAUGGACACCACCGCCGUGGGGCACAACGUCCUGGGCCAGGCCGAGGGCGUGGAGGAGUGCAGGUGUCCUCCUGGUUACUCAGGCCUGUCCUGUGAGCAGUGUUCCGUGGGCUUUGAGCGCGUGUCUGGCGGGAACUACCUUGGCUCCUGCGCCGGAUGUAACUGUAAUGGGCACGCCAGCGCCUGUGACCCCCUCAGUGGACACUGUCUGAGCUGCCAGCACAACACUGAAGGUCCUCAAUGUGACCAGUGCAGACCCGGCUACUUUGGUGACCCCAGACGAGGUCGUCCUGAUGACUGCAAGCCUUGUCCAUGCCCAUACACUGAGACAUCCCGACGGUUCUCUGACACAUGCUUCCUGGAUCAUGACUCCCAAGCGACGUGCGAUGCCUGCAAACCAGGCUACACUGGCCGCCGCUGUGAGAAGUGUGCGCCUGGUUUCCAGGGUAAUCCGCUACAGCCUAAUGGGAAAUGCAUUCCGAACCAAAGCUCAAAGUGUGAUAAUCGAGGAACAGUGAAUUCCAACAGCAGACUGUGUGCCUGCAAGUCCAAUGUGAUGGGGUCGCAGUGUGACGAGUGUAAGAGCGGCUCCUUCCACCUCACAGAAGAUAACCCAGAGGGCUGCUUGCAGUGCUUCUGUAUGGGUGUCAGCAAGCAUUGUGCCAGCUCCACCUGGAGCCGAGACCAGGUCCGUGGCGGUGUGAACGGGCAGCUUUUCUCCCUCUCCAAUGUUGCCAACACCAGAACCAUCACAGAUGGCAUCAAUCAGAGAGGCUUUUCAGAGGUGGCAUUUCGCUCCUUCUCUGACGUUCCCAGUGACAUUUAUUACUGGGUUCUCCCAGACAGCUUCAAAGGAGAUAAGGUGACUGCCUAUGGUGGAGAGCUGCGCUACACUGUUCGCUACGAGCCCCGACAGCGCUCCCUGGUGAUUGAUGGACAGCCGGAUGUGGUUCUCCAAGGCAACGGCAUUUUCCUGGAGCACUACUCCCUGACUAAACCACUCCCUAGUGUCCCAACCACAGUCACGGUCACCUUCAGAGAGUCUAUGUGGAAGCGUGCUGACGGACAGCCUUGUACUCGUGAGCACCUCCUCAUGGCCUUGGCUGAUACUAGUGUCUUAAUGAUCAGAGCGACCUAUGCUGAAAACAUGGUGGAGACCAGUCUCUCAGACAUCCGGAUGGACAUUGCAGUGCCCCACUCCACAGGGAACCAACGAGCCCUUGAAGUGGAGGAGUGUGCCUGUCCUCAGGGCUACAAAGGACCAUCAUGCCAGGAGUGUGACGUGGGCUACAUCCGCACGGGUUCUGGGCUCUACCUCGGUACCUGUGAGAGGUGCGACUGCAACGGACGUAGCAGUAACUGUGACCCAGAGACAGGCGCAUGCUUGCAAUGCCUUGAGAACACAGCUGGCCCAAGGUGUGAGCUCUGUUUGCCAGGUUUCUACGGCAACCCAGUGACAGAUGGACCACAGGCCUGUCAGCCCUGCCCCUGUCCUGGCACGUCUCCCGGCAGCCAGUAUUCUCUGACUUGCUUCAAGGACACAGAUGGUCAGCCCACUUGUAAUAACUGUCCCACUGGCUUCACUGGCCGACGCUGUGAAAGAUGUGCUGCUGGGUACACAGGCAACCCCCAAAUCGGACAGGGGUGUAUUGUUGGCAACAAUGAUCUAAAUGGUAACUGCUACAACUGUGAUCAGAGAGGAAGUGAAGGGUGCAGUGGAAAUGGUGUGUGUCGCUGCAAGGUCAACGUUGAGGGCCCUGCCUGCUCCAGCUGUAAGGAGGAAACCUUCCACCUCAGCACGGACAACAAAGAUGGCUGCCUGUCUUGCUUCUGCAUGGGCACCACUCGUCAGUGUUCCAGCUCCUCCUACUAUAGAGACCAGGUGUCCUCGGUCUUCACCCCAGGCAACUUCCAGGGCUUUGCUUUGGUCAACCGGCAGCGCACCAACCGCAUCUCCACCGGCUUCACCGUAGAGGUGUCCACGGAGGGCACGCAGCUCUCCUACAGCAACUUUGACUACCUGGGCCAGGAGCCACACUACUGGCAGCUACCUGGGGUCUACCAGGGGGACAAGAACGAAGCGUUCUUUGCUCGUGUGAGACGAGCAGACCAGAGUGAAUCCCCCGGGACAGAGGAGCAGGUGAGGAAGGAUGAGUCCAUUUGGGAAUUAAUGAAGUCUUCAAAGAGUAAUGGAACCUCCAGGGCCAAAAGAGCUAGCAAGGAACAAGUGAAGAAGCUGGAUGAUAAGAUCUGGGCAAUCCUCUCUAACUUUGACGAGACCGGCUCUCCGGCCGGUCAUCCUCCUUUCCCCCCCCCCACUGAGAAGAAGAUCCCUAGCCACUCCUCUCGGAUGAGGUCUCGUACUCUACAGAGGCCUCCCGCUUCCCAUUCAUCCCCCUCUGGUGUCACCUCCUUGGGGCUGCCUACUAGGCCUCAGCCUCCCUCCCCCGGUCACUCCCCUCCACUCCAGACUCAAGAGCGCAGGACCAAGAACAUAAUGGGUCUGAGUGCUCCCAGAGGUCCCCGGCCUGUUCCCUCUAGACAGUACUCUUUGGUCUACAAAGGUUUCAGCUUGCAUCCGGAUGAAGCGCUCUACUGGCAGCUCCCAGAGAAGUUCAAGGGGGAUAAGGUGAGCUCAUAUGGUGGAAAACUGAAGUACACCAUCUCCUAUGUGGCUGGACAGAGAGGAACAGCCAUUGAAGACGCUGACGUUCAGAUCAUUGGAAAUGACAUCACCCUGGUGGCUCGCCAGCCGUGGCAGAGAGGACAGGGGACGAGGGAGUCCCGUCAGUUUGAGGUCGUCUUCAGAGAGGAGAAUUGGCGUCGCCCGGACGGCAUGCCGGCCACGCGGGAGCACCUCAUGAUGGUCCUGGCCGACGUGGACGACAUCCUGGUGCGGGCGUCCUACUACACCGAGAUGAGGUCCUCCAGCAUCUCCGAGGUCAGCAUGGAGGUGGCCGUGCCCAACUACACCGGCCUGGCCCAGGCUUUGGAGGUGGAGCAGUGCCGCUGCCCGCAGGCCUACCAGGGACUCUCCUGCCAGGACUGUGCCCCUGGUUACUCCCGUACCGGAGGGGGUCUCUACCUGGGCCACUGUGAGCUGUGCGAGUGCAACGGGCAUUCGGACUCCUGCCACCCCGAGUCUGGCAUCUGCUCGAACUGCCUGCACAACACCCAGGGAGAGCUGUGUGAACAGUGUGCCCCAGGCUUCUUUGGUGACCCCACCUCUGGGACCCCGGAGGACUGCCAGCCCUGCGCCUGCCCCCACAGCGACCCUGACAACCAGUUCUCCCCCACCUGCGAGAGCCUGGGCAACGGUGGUUAUCAGUGCACCGCGUGCCAGCCUGGAUACACUGGCCAGUACUGUGAACGCUGUGCGCCUGGUUUUGUUGGAAAUCCCCAGGACAGGAUUAGGUGCCGUCCGUAUGACACUGCAGCAGCCUCCCUGGUGGUGAAGGUCUACCCUGAGAGGGUGCUGGUGGCCCAGGGCAGCCCGGUGACCCUGCGUUGCCAGGUGACCGGCUCCCCCCCGCACUACUACUACUGGUCCAGAGAGGACGGGCGCCCGGUGCCCAGCAGCGCUGACCGACGCCGACAUGGAGAGGAGCUGCACAUCCCCAGUGUCCAGCCUAGUGAUGGAGGCGUGUACGUCUGUACCUGCCGAGACCAACGGAACACCAACCGAAGUCGUGCUGAGAUCCUGGUCACGCCUGUCUCAUCCAAACUCAUUGAAGUGACCGUCGAGGAGCCCAAAGCCCAGAGCGUAACAGUGGGAGCCACCGUCAACUUCAUCUGCACAGCCAAGAGCAAGUCUCCGGCCUACACCCUGGUGUGGACCCGGAAGGGGAACGGAAAGCUGCCCAACAGAGCCAUGGACUUCAACGGCAUCCUGACCAUCCAGAACGUGCAGCCUGAGGACGCGGGCAUCUACAUGUGCACAGGCUCCAACAUGUUUGCGAUGGACGAGGGCACUGCCGUCCUCUACGUGCCAGAGGCAUCCCAGACUCAGGUGUUUUACACAGCCUAUGAAAUGUUUGAAGGUCAUGGAAAGCCGGCCGAGGGGGCCCAGCCAGUGGCUACCGUCACUCCUCCGGUCCUGACCAUCCAGCAGGGAGGACGCGCUGAAUUCCGUUGUACUGUGACUGGCAGCCCAACCCCUGCCAUUGAGUGGAUAGGUGGAGGUCCUGGUAACAGGAUGAGCCCAAACGCUGUGGUCCAUGGGGGAGUCCUCACCAUCCCGGCCGUGGAGAGGGGUGACGAGGGAGAGUACCUCUGCAAAGCCCUGAACACCCACGGGGAACACACAGCCCGUGCCGUGCUCUACACGCAUAGUGCCAGCCUGCCCCACGUGCAGGUGAGCCCCCAGAGGGUGGACACCCAGGAGGGGGAAACACUGAGGCUGUACUGCAGGGCUGGAGGCACACCCAGACCAGGACUCACCUGGAGGAAACAGGGAGGACAGCUCCCCCUGCUGGCCAUUCCUUCUCACGGUUUCCAUCAGUUUAAAACCAACAGUCUCGAUGUGUUACAGAGACGUAUUGAGGAUCAGCAGUCCCGUACGGAGCGCACGGACAUCGGCACCCUGCUCAUCCCCAACAUCAAGUCCUCAGACUCCGGCGUCUACCUUUGUGUUGGAACCAACUCCAUCGGAUCCUCCGAGGCUCGCAUUGAGGUCACCGUCAGUAAAGGAGACCCAAUCUCCUCAGCCAUCACCAUCCAACCCUCCAUAGCUGACGUCCAGGAAGGCCAGACUCUGGACCUUAACUGUCUUGUCCCUGGUAACCCCCCAUCUGCCGUCACCUGGAGGAAGGCCAGUGGACGCCUGUCUGCCAAUCACCAGGUUCUGGGUUCCCAGUUGCGUAUCCUCUCGGCCAGCCCAGAUGAUUCGGGAGAGUACAUUUGUCGUGUUGAGGGAGGGCCUGGUACUUCGGUCCGUCAGGCCUCUGUUUCAGUCUCCGUUACCGCCACUUCCUCUCGCCUGCAGACCCCCAUCAUCUCCAUUGAGCCCCACAGUGCGGCGGUGAGAAAGGGGGAGUCGGCCAGCUUCAGGUGUCGGGUGUACAGUGGGGCUCAGCCCGUACGCCUAGAGUGGAAACUGUCCAACAACCAGCCGCUCCCUGACAACGUGAAUGUUGGCCCUGAUGGCUCCGUCUUAACUAUCUCCGGCGUCCGCUCCAGCAACCAGGGAACCUACCGUUGUGUGGCUAGCAAUCUGUUUGGAAUCACCCAGAGUAUUGUCUCUCUGAUUGUCAGAGAGUCUCCUGUAGCCGUUGUCACCCCUCAGGGACCCGUGCGAGUCAGGGUGGGUGAACCUAUUAACCUGGAGUGCCAGGCCUCAGGGGAGCCAAGGCCAUCUGUCACAUGGCACAGACUGGACAACAGCCGCAAGACCAUGCUAAGCAGCCCAGUUCCCAUGGAGUCAAACGCUGUCAUGCAGGUCCUAGUGGCCCGUCCAGAAGACAGUGGCACCUACGUGUGCUCUGCCCGCAACAACGAGGGCACCACCGAGACUAAGGUGGAGGUGGUUGUCGAGGGGGGAACCCAGGUCCCCACCUUUCCCCGGGCCACUGUGCCUGAACCCCUCAUGGUGGUGGUGGAAGGACAGACGACCACCCUGAGAUGUGACGCUCACGGCAUCCCGCCCCCUAAAAUCACAUGGUCUAAGCUGCGUGCCCCUCUUCCCUGGAGACAUACGGUGGUGGCCAACACCCUGGUGCUGCCAAAUGUGGGUCGGGCAGACUCUGGAGAGUACAUCUGUAAUGCCACCAACUCCAUGGGUACCACAGAGGUCACCAUCAUGCUGGAUGUAGAGACUCCUCCCUAUGCCACCUCGUUGCCCGACGACGUGGCGGUGCGCGUGGGCGAGGUGAUCCGGCUCCAGUGCUUGGCCCACGGUACUCCACCCCUGAUCUUCCAGUGGACCAAGCUGAACGGCAGCCUCUCCACCAGGGCUGAAGUCAAGGGAGGAGACCUCCAGAUCAACCUGGCCACAGCCCAGGACGCCGGCACCUACAUGUGUGUUGCCAGCAACAAAGUGGGCAGCAGUGAAGCCCUGGCCAAAGUCACUGUGAGAUCGCCCCUGGCGGUUCGUGUGUCUCCUCAAGUGGAGGUGAAGGCCCAGGGCAGUGCUGUGGAGUUCACCUGCUCUGCUGCAGGAGGCCUUGGGACCACCAUCGAGUGGCUGAAGGAAGGAGGAGCCCUGCCCACUAACCACCACAUCAAAGACGGGGUGCUGAGAAUUGAGAACCUGGAGCAGAGCAACGAGGGCAUCUACAUCUGCCGGGCCUCCAGUGUUCACGGUCAGGCCCAGGACACAGCCAAACUCACCAUCCAAGCCCUGCCCAAGGUGAUGAUCAACGUGCGCACCUCGGUGCAGACCGUCAUGGUGGGCAACUCUGUGGAGUUUGAGUGCCAGGCCAUCGGGGACCCCCAGCCUACGGUCCACUGGAGCAAAGUGGGAGGCCCGCUGCCGGCGCACAUCGUGGUGAAGGGCGGCAUGCUGAAGAUCGGCCAGGUGACGGAGGCCGACGCGGGUCAGUACCGCUGCACUGCCACCAACGACGUGGGCUCGGUGCAGUCCCAGGUCGUCCUCAACGUCCAGUCCCUUCCCCAGAUUGCUGCUUUGCCAGAGCAGAAAGAGGUGACUGUGGGAUCGGAUGCUGUUCUGCCCUGUGAGGCGUCUGGAUACCCCCUGCCAGUCAUCAAGUGGUCCAAGCUGGGCGGAGAGCUUCCUCCUAAGUGUGUGCAGGUAGUCAACACCUUGACCGUUCCUAAAGUGACCCAUGAGGAUUCUGGGACAUAUGUGUGCACCGCCACCAACAAGCAGGGCAAAGUGGAGGCUUUAACCACCCUAAAAGUCCACGAUCGAGUGAUGCCCUACUUCAAACAGGAGCCCCUGUCCUACCUCACUCUACCCACCAUCAAGAACGCCUACAAGACCUUCAGCAUCAAGAUCACUUUCAGGCCAGACAACCCAGAUGGUCUCAUAUUGUAUGCGGGGAUGAUCAUCUAUAAUGGACAGAAGAGGACCACGGGCGCAGACUUCAUCUCUCUGGGACUGGUUGGAGGCCGGCCAGAAUUCAGGUUUGAUGUGGGGUCCGGCAUGGCCACCAUCCGCUACCCGACUCCUAUCAAACUAGGGGAGUUUCACACCGUUGAGCUCCACCGCAACCAGGUUCUGGGCUCCCUCAUCGUGGACCGAGAGGCCCCCGUCAACGGCAGCUCACAGGGGAAGUUCCAGGGCCUGGAUCUGAACGAAGAGCUGCAUGUAGGCGGCUACCCCAACUACACCAUCCUGGCUAAGACGGCUGGCAUCGGGACCGGCUUUGUUGGUUGCAUCCGUCAGCUGAUCAUUCAGGGCGAGGAGGUCAUCUUCAAGGAUCUGGACCGCAGUUCCACAGGCGUGUCCAACUGUCCCGUCUGCGCAGACGGCCCCUGUCAGAAUGGAGGGACGUGUCAUGACUCGGAGGCCAGCCUCUACAAGUGCAGCUGUCUCAGAGGAUACACAGGGAGUAACUGUCAGCACCUGUCUUCCAAGCAUUGCCACCUAGAGGCCUGCGGUCCAGACGCCACCUGCAUCAACCGCCAGAACAGCCCGGGCUACGACUGCCGAUGCCACCUGGGCAAGUCUGGCGACAGGUGCAUAGACGGUGAAUUAGUGACUACUCCCCUGUUUGAUGGUUUGGACUCAUACAUUGCAUACCCCCCUCUGACCAACAUCCACAACGACCUACACAUCGAGAUGGAGUUUAAACCCAUGGACCUGGAUGGCCUGAUGUUCUUCAGCGUGGGCAAGAAGAUGAAGGUGGAGGAUUUCGUCUCCCUGGAGAUGGUGGAUGGGCAUGUGCAGUUUUGCUAUGAGCUGGGGACAGGCCAAGCCGUCCUGCGCAGUCCUGAGCCGGUCACCCUGGGCCAGUGGCACCGCGUGGAAGCCGGGCGCCUCAACAAGGAUGGCUCUCUGAAGGUUGACGGAGGUCAAGAGGUCAGGAGGUCUUCGCCAGGCAAGGCCCAGGGCCUGAACAUCCACACUCCCAUGUACCUGGGAGGAGUGCCCAGCAUGGAUAUCAUACCCAAGGCCCUUAACAUCAGUGAUCUGUACGAUGGCUGCAUAGGAGAGGUGUCCAUCAAUGGUAAGAAGUUAGACCUAUCCUACAGCUUCAUAGACAGCAAGGCCAUCGCCCAGUGUAAAGACAGCAGUCCCUGUGACCGCAACCCCUGUCUGAAUGGGGCCAGCUGCCUGUUUAGUGCAGAGUAUGAAUAUCAGUGUCUCUGCAAGGAUGGCUUCGACGGUGAACGCUGUGAGGUGGUGAGAGAUACCUGCCAGCGCAGUGACCAGUGCCAGAAUGGAGGCAGCUGUGUCAACAGCAAGUGUGUGUGUCCUGUAGGCUUCGCUGGCCCAGUAUGCGGACAGAGCCAGGUCCCCAGCUUCAGCGAGGCCCUGUGGAAUUUGGAGGGUAGCGGGGGGAAUGAUGCACCUGUUGAGUAUGCAGCUAAAUUCUAUGACAAUGGUUACCUUUCUCUACCCAAGGCUAUCUUCCCCAGAAGUGCCCCUGAUGCCCCAGAGACCAUCGAGAUGGAGCUCAAGGUCUCCUCUAAAGAUGGCCUGAUCUUGUGGCAGGGAGUGGAGCCAAUUAAUGGCGCUAGCCACUUCCGCAAGAUGCAUGCUAGUAAAAAGGUAUCCUCCCCAGCGAAACACCUGGAACUUGGAGAGCAAGGCAGGGGCAAGGACUUCAUCAGUCUUGGUCUGCAAAACGGUUACUUAGUCUUCAGCUACCAGCUGGGCAGUGGAGAGUCUCAGAUCAUGUCCAGGGAGCCCAUCAACGAUGGCAGAUGGCACAAGGUUACUGCUGUGAGAACGGGUAAACAUGGAUACAUCCAGGUCGACGGAGGAGCCAUUCAACGUGGUCAAUCUCAAGGCAAAAGCAUCAUGGUGAACACCAAAGGCAACUUAUACCUGGGGGGAGCUCCAGACAUAUCUGCGAUUACAGGAGGGAAGUUUUCCUCGGGGGUCACAGGCUGUGUGAAGAAUCUGUUUCUGAUGAACGCCAGUCCUGGAGAGCUGACGGCCAAACCCAUUGAGCUUCAGGCUGCUGCAGAAAAUGGCAUCAACGUGGAUCGCUGCACCUCAUAGAGCUACAGCAGACCCCACCCCCUGACAUACACACACCAGAGACUAUGAAGACAUGAUGCAAUGGUCACACACUCACAAUUAGACACAGCCAUACACACACGGACGUAUACACAUAUUGAACAGUCGGUUUGAUAAAAAAGUGGUGCUCUGCAGCGGCCAAAAACAAAGACACAAAACACAAAAUAAUAUUUUGAUCUGUGUGCAUUUAAACCAAAAAAAAAAGAAAUGAUAUUAACAAGUCUUCACUUUCUCAGUGUUGUAUUCUCAAUGAAGGACUAUUAACACAGGAGAUCCAGUUCAGUUUACAUACUCGCAGUAGCUUUUAGCCAUGAGAAAAAGAGUAAAAUGCUAUAGGGCAUCUGCGAUGGGUCAGAGCCUAUGGAGUUGGAGAUGUUUUUACAGCACUGAAUUUUUAUUUAUAUACAUAUAAAUAUAUAUUAUAUAUUUGUGGGGGAAACAUGCGAACUAACCAUAACUGCUCUUCUCUAUCCUAGAGUUGAUUCUGGGUUCUAAUGCUGUGUGUCCAGGGCUUUUUUCAGGGCCUAGUUGUGUUAAUACUUGAAGAUGUUUAGGCCUUGUUCUUUCUUCUUCACUUCGGUAGGGGAGCCUUAGGGGCGAGCAUGCUCACAGCCCAGUCACGCUAUUGGGAGAGAGGUCACAGGUCACGGCAAAAAGCAGCAUCGAGACACAUCUCUGGGGAAGGCAGGAUUUUAAAACCGAACAGAACACAAUUGGUAGUGAUGAUUUUUUUAUUCUGCCAAAUUGUUUCCAGUCUGGUUCUGAAAUCACUUGUCUUCCCACACCUAGAAUGGUUGCUACUUUAAUGGGUGUACGUUUUUUUUAUAUCCUUGGUGCUAAUUAAGUCAGAUGUGGAAAUACAGCGCACUAACUCUAACAGUGUCUCUUUAAAUAUGAAUGUUACAUGUGUUGUUACAUUUUCUUUCAGUUCUAAAUUUGGACAGGUGACUAGAUUUUUUAGCUUCUCCUGAGGUUUGGGAGACUGUUGAUCUCCAGCGUUAGAACUGAGGUUUAGUAUGAGAUCUUCAUUAUUUUUGUCUGGCUCAGUUUUCUCCAGAGUCCUAUUUGAUUGAGUAGAUCUCAAAAGGUGUGAAGGUGUCAAUUUUUUAUAUUAUUGUGAGUGGUUCUGGGAAUUGUAAGACAUUUUGUCAUUUUUCUUCUGCAGUCAUAGUAAUGUGCUAACUAUUUGCCAUUCAGGUAAAAUAUCAGUUUAGUCUGGGUGUGUGUGUGAGUGUCAAGUGUGCCGUACUUCAGAAGGUUCACUAUGAAGGUGUUGUCCUUCAACCUCACUUCUUUUCAAACCUAUAUGAUGUGGUAUGUGUAUGUACUGAAUGUGUGUACGGAUUGCAUCCGUGACUGUCUCUGUGUGUGUGUGUGUGUGUGUGUGUGUGUGUGUAAUGCAAAUGUGGGUCUCGUCAUCUGAAUCCUCAGGAGGGUCAACACAGAACUGCCUCAAGAUCAUCAGUCAGGUUUAGGUUCAGUAGCAACCAGCCGUAGUGUCGCUCUCAUAGAAUUAACAAGUCUGACUGAAGUCUAACGGCUGCAUUGGAGGUUUCGCUGAUGUAGCUAGCGAAGUACUGAAGCAGAAUCACACCAAAACCUGAGGAAAAUCUGCUGCCAUGACUUGGGGUGAACGUUUUGGAGGGAGGCCAAGUGUACUUACUUCAGUAGUGGGAUGAUGCAGUUUAAACCUCCCUGUUUGGCCGGGUGCUAGCUGUGACCCAUGGAGCUAAAAUGAGCAUGCUCGCCCGCACUGGCAGACCACGUGACAGAAACUGACAACAGAGUCAUCUUUGUGAGGUUCACAAACUUUUCACAUUUAGUGAGACUAUUUUAAUUGAUUUUCAAAAAAAUGAGCACUAUUAUUUCACUUAAGGUUGCUUCAUUUUUAUUUAUUUUUGUUUCUUUCAUUUUCCGUUGUUUAUUUCAUGCUUGAUUCUGCUGUCGUAGAGUGAUAAGAAAGGCUUGCCGUUCUUCAUUCAUCUUGAGUUAUUGCGUGUUGCAUCCCCACUGACCCCUGUUCCCUUCAUGGUUGAUUUUUAAAGUCGUUCGUACAGGAGUUUGUUGCUCCGCCGGAGUUCUCAACGUUACGCUUAAGCCCACACAGUCUUAGAGGGGUCUGUUGAACAGCUUUGGCCAUCUGACAGGUAGUCCGAGGAGAGGUGGUUGGGGCCAGACCUGUGUCGAGAAAUCUGAGAAAUGAGAUGAGAAAAAGGAGAAUUUAAGCUCCGCUGCUGUAUGUUACUUUGAGUAAUAUUACAAGAUGUGUAUUGUGUAAUUGACAGUUGUGACUGAAAACCUGGCAUAAACACAGAUGAGAACAAUCAGAAAUCCUACAAAUAUUUAACGGCCUAUUGGAGUGAUCUUGAUCAUGAGAUAUAAUUGGGUAUGGCAGAUGUACUGAGUGUAUGUGUCAAGUAAAAAUUGCCACUUGCAUAUUGAUGAAGAUAUUAUUUUUCCCUUUUAAAAAUGUUAAUAUUGUUUUGUCGAAUUUUUGGCAUUCAAGGCAAAUGAUGAAAGGUGUCUCACAAAGAGUCUCCUAGUGAAUGGAAGUUUACCAGACUUAAUAUUAUUGUCCAUUGGGUAAUUCUUGUUCCUGACUGUACCAUUUCCAGCUAUGAAACAAAUGACUCUUCCCCUCAGUGUUUAAUUAAAACAAAAUUCAUGUGCUAUUUAUAAUCUUGUGAGUUGUGUUAUUUUCCUGCAACCUUGUUUUCUGGUGGUCAUUUUCUGCCCCGUAAGUAGCCAUCGGCGUUGUGGUUUAUAUCCUGACCGUAUACAUUCAGUCGUCAGUAGAUUAUGUACGCCUCCAUGUUCAGGGAAGUGACUCGCUCCCACAGACAGAUAUGACCUAUAUGGCUGUGGAAUUAUGUGCUUAGCAGGUAGACAGGUUUUGAGUUGUAGAGCAGGUUUUCUAGCCAACGUGCAUGGUUCCUCUUUGGAGCAUAUGAAUUCAGAAGGUGCCAGAAAGUGACGCUGUUGGACAUGUCCAUGAAUCUCAUCAGUAAAGUGAACUGAACGAAGACUCCAGUUUGCCUAUAUCUUGUAUACCAAUGUACAGAAUCAGUAGGGCAUCCACUGCUACAUUAUUGGCCUUUAACAUCUUAUAUGGUCACAUUUGUAUAUGAGAACCUGAGAACCUCGUCCCUUUCCCUGACCUUCUGCCUAAGGACUCUGGGCACAACCUACUUGUAUUUAUUGAACUGCUCAUCAUCCAACAAUGUACUCAUAAUCUUCACCCGACACAACCAAAAGAGGACUGGACACCACUCAGAGCCCGGCUCCUCUACUAGGGACUUAACCACAGCCAGUUUCUUCUUGUUGCUUGCUCUUUGGGGUUUUAAACCGGGUGUCUGUAUAAUCACUUUGUGACAACUGCUGAUGUAAAAAGGGCUUUAUAAAAUAUAUUUGAUGAAUUUGGUAUGGCAGCAAAGGGUAUCAAACAGUAUCAACAUUUUGACUUUCUCGCAGUGAGGUUUUGGAAAUGUUGUGCUCUUAUUCCAGAUUUAAAUAGUAUGGCCAUUUAACAAGGCACAGGAAGUUUAGGACUUAGGACUAGGCAUAUUAAACAGAGUAUUAAGGGUGUUACAGAAACAGUUAUGUAAGGACCUUUGAAUUGAAAGGUAGGCCUAAAACAACACCGUAGAAUGUAUACAGACAAAUCAGUGCGUGAUUGGUUGUACAGCACGUGCAAUGGCUUUGGAUUCAUGCUGAGAUGACCAGUUUCUUCUUUGUCAGAUGAGUAAAUUGCUAUUGUAUCUUGGCCUAAUGCUAUAUGUCUAUAGUUGGUUCAAAUAAAUUCCUUCAACUAUAUGUAAGCCUACUGGAAAUCUGUUUAUAGAAUGCUAUUGAGCUGUCAUAGCUUAAUUGAUAAUUUAGGCUGAAAUCAGGUCUGUGCCAUUCUGGCUGUUAAAUUUCUAUGUUCAAUGUAAUUAAGUUCUAAUUAUUCUGUUUCUAUGUUUUGUUGUUUCAAUCCCUUGUGAUUAUUGCUUUCACGUGCGUCCUUAGUCUUCUCACCUGUGUCUCAUAUUUCCCUAAUAAUUUCCCUAUUUAGUGUCCCCAGAUCCCUUUGUCUUUGUUGGUCAUUGUUCCCUGUGGCGUCUAUUUGUUCCUGGUUGUUGUUUGUAUAUUUUUUUUAUUAAAUACAAUUUCUUUAUGUACUUCUGUGACUGUAUCCUGCUCCUCAGUCAAAGACAUUAAAGGGUUUGCCAAUAAGGCUGAGUUUG